GAAUCCAAUACCUUUCUUCACCCACCACUGUUGGUUUAUAUGUAGGUUCGGUUUCACUAUGAAGCUAAAAGAAGUUAAUAAGCCUCAAAAUAACACUUCUUCCCUCUUCUCUUUACUAAUAAACGAUAGCUCUUCCUUCUAAGUUCACCAAUGCCUAACGUGGUCGAAGUGAAGGUGGGUUUACAUUGUGUUGAUUGCAUCAAGAAGAUAUUGAAGGCCAUUAAGAAAAUUCAAGACAUUGAGACAUAUGACGUUGAUAAACAGCUUAACAAAGUCAUUGUUACGGGCAAUGUUACUACAGAAGAAGUGAUUAAAGCUCUUCAAAAGAUUGGCAAGUCUGCUACAGCUUGGGAGGCAGAGCCAGAGACCCAGUGAAGCUAAACGACUCUUAUGAGUUAUUAAUAUAAACUAGCAUUAGGAUUUUGCACAAUCUUGGAUUACAUAUGAAAUUUUUAAUGUAAUGAAACCUUAUAUUCCAUCAUCAUUAAAAUAUUAUCCAUUUUUCUUACUCUGUAAAUUUGUUUUUCUAUUUAUUCCACAAUAAAAGGUCGCAAUUACAAGAACGGUCGUAAAAUUAAAAACUAGGACUACGACGAGUACCAACUACUAAAGUCAUUACUCUGUACAAGAAAGAU